CAGGCAGAGACAGCAAGGGCGGUUCGUUGCUCCAGAGCCUUUCCGUUCACCUUCGCACUCCUGGGCCAGACUACACUCAAUCAUAUGACCCACUGAAGAGUGACUUCUAAGUUGCCAACUUUGACCUUGCAAGCUUUGCUCUGGAACCAAAUAAGAUCGAUUGCGUUUUUCCAAGAUGCAGAGAAAGAUUUAUCAAAAAAUCUAUUUGCUGAUAUUGGAUAACUGCACUGAGUAUUUUUUUCUUAUGGGACACAAGUAGAGUCAUCUGCAUACAAAAACCAUUGACAAGAGCAGGCUGAUUUAUGUAAAAAAUAAAAAAUAAAAAAAACAUUUAGGGUUGGGGUGACUAACGGAAGGCAUGUGUGACUGCUUGUAUUUCUCAGUCUUGGGCUGUGGAUAAGAUGGCAGUUAGCUUGUCUAGUAAAGGGACCUUAAAGAGGAAAACGUCCAGGCAAAAUGUAUCUCUUUGCUCAUGGAAUGAGGGUAGUGAUAAUGAAUUUAGUGCAGCCUUGUAUCUGAGAUAUGCUGUGCCAAGGAUGAUUCGCCAAACGUGGUUUUGGUUGUGCUCAAGCUGGUCAGAGUGCCUGAGUUUAGGAGUCACUGCCAGGAUCGGCAGGGGAAGUGGGCCCGGUUCCUUCCCUGGGCGGAGUAUGCCCAGAAUUCACUUUGUCACUCCUCCACUAGGCUGUCACCCUUCCAGUGCGUCCCGGGGUACCAACCGGCCCUGGCUCCAUGGACCCCGAGCCAGAAGCUCCUGCAGAGGAGGUUUGGAACACUGCCCAGGUGAGGCGCCAUCUGCCGCCAGAAAGAGCAGACGGACCGCCACUGCAGGGAGGCUCCCGUGUUUCAUCCUGGUGAUCGCGUCUGCCUUCCACCAGGAACCUCCCCCUCUGCCUGACCUACCGGAAGCUGAGCCCCCGCAUGGGGGUUUCUGGUCUCCUGGCUUAUGCAAUCUCCAACGACACCCCUCCACCUCCCCUGGACAUCGAAGGAAGCCUGUCAGAUCCCUCCUGGACUCCCGACGUAAUGGGGGUCAGUUCCAGUAUCUGGUGGACUGGGAGGGGUAUGGUCCAGAGGAGUGCUGUUGGGUUCCAGUGGAUGACAUUCUAGAUCCCAACAUCAUCCGAGAUUUCCACCUUCGCCGACCGGCCCGCUACUCGCCUUUGGGGCUGUCCUCCUGUGGCUGGAGCCGCGCGUCGGUGGGGGUUCUAUCACGUCUACUCCCGCUCUGGCGCUCAACGUUGCCGGUCUACUAACCACCAGUCCUGGCAAACUAUCAUUACGUACACCUGCACCUCAUUAGGCACACUUGGACUUCAUCACUUCCACGAUUACUUCCCCUUUAGCUGUUGUAUCACCAACAGGCAGUAUUGUAUGGUGGAAUAUUCUAUGUGGAGAGUGAGAGAGACUUUGUCAUUUCUUCAAACAAUCAUCUUUAGUCAAUAUCGAUGAAUUAUUGCAAUAGUGAAACCGUUGACACAAAAGUCUUGACUGUUGGGCUGAGAGCCUACUCUUUACAGACAAUGCACAAUUUAUAUAGCUGAUACCCAGAAUGCUUGGUUCCACCUCUCCCAUAUACAUUGGAGGUACUAUAAGCCACUUUGGGUUUUCCUCUGGUCAUCUGCCUCUCGUGCUGUUUCCCAGAUGCCAGGAUAAUUAGGACUAGUGAGGCCUUUGUUCUGUUCCUCCUGGCCAUCUCGGUGACACUGAUCUAUGGAAUGCCAGCUGUGUUUUUUUUUUUAUCACCAAGUUAUCACUUAAUCAGUUGCCAGCCCAAGCUCCAUAAAGACUCAUCUCAGUUAACUCUGAAAGGAGAGAGAGAGUCCUAAGAACCUUACUCUAUUCAAUAAAACAACCAUUUGGUGCAUAAAUAUAACAAUCUUGUUAUCCUGCUACCACAAUUGUAUCUGUGUUCCUGUUCAAAAACGCUACUCUUGUUCUUGCAUUCUCUCUAUGUUCGUUCAUAUUAAACUCAGACUACACCUGC